AUGUCUCUUUAUUCAUUCACAUUAGAGCAGAUCUUUGAUUCACUUGGACACUAUACAACUGUUACACUUAAAAAUAAAGAGAUUAUUCUUGGUUAUUUAUACACAAUUGAUCCUGUAACCAAUAAUGUUGUUUUAUUUAAAGAUCAACACAUUAAUGUUCUCUUGAGUCAUUCCAUUGAGAAUUUAAAUAUUGAUAAAGACGAUUUUAUAGAUUUAUCAAUACUAGAAAAAUCGAUGGAAUAUAAAACACUGGAUAAAGAAUGGCUUGAAAAAAGACGUUAUGAUCUUAUUCAAUUUUUAGAAAAGAAUCGAAUACCAAUUCAAUAUGAACAAAAUGAACCUGUGAUUCAUGUCUUGGGUUGUGCACGUGUUGAAUCUCCCUACGUGGCCACAAGUGUCGUAUGUGAUAAUGCCCUGAUUCGCAAACGCGUGCGUGAUUUGAUACUCGAGCUCAGCAGAUGA